AAAGAGAGAGAGGGUGAUAGCAGUCAGCAGACAUUCCUGUGCCUCACAGAACAGGGGAGGGGUUAAUCUGCUUCCUCAGUGCAUAUCUCUGAUUAUUUUGCAGCUUGGUGUUCCACUGGCAAACAAGCCCAGGAGCUCAUACUUGCGCUCGCCGGCGGACAAGGGCGCAGAAGCGCAGGGGCAUGCUUCCCACAACCCCGUCCCUCCGCAGGACUUUCCUCUCCCGUGGCCAGCGGUACGCUGACUCCCCCCCAUGAGGGACACUCGGACGUCCGCGAGUCAGCAGCACAGAGGUUGGUGCCCGUUGAUGUUCGUAGGUUUCGCAGACAAACGUCUCGUUAGUUCCAGGCGCUAUGGGUAAUAUAUUCACCAGUGAAGACAUAUCGCCAGCUGAUCUGGACGCUUUGUGGACUGAGCCUCCAUACACGCUGGAUGCGGCCAAUGAGAUCUUUACAGGAAAUGACAUCAUGACGACAGGGGAGGAAGAGGAAGUGGAACCAGCGCCAGAGUUGGACAGUUACUGGAAGAGGAAGGAGGCCUUCGAUAAGGGCAGCACAGUGUCGCUGGCGGUGGGCGAGCGCUUCUCGUCAGAUGUACUGCUGCAGUUCAGCGGGAGGUGGCGCUCCAGUGCAGAACCCAACACUGACCUGCAGGAGGCGCUGCGGACACGACUCCGGGUGGUUGAGAGCAACAGCCAGGAUGUCGCUCAGCUGUUCAAGGACCUGUCUGCUCGCCUGCUGUCAGUCCAUGCUGAGAAGGACUGCUUUGUCAUCACCUUUAAGACCAUUGAGGAGAUCUGGAAGUUCUCCACUUACCUGGCCUUAGGGUACGUGGCCCGAUGCCUGGAGAACUUCCUGUGUGAUCAGAGCUUCUGGCUGGACUCACCCCUCCUCAGCGAUGUGGAGAUCUGCGUCACGGUGGAUGAGGAGCACCUGGCCACCCUCUACUUGGGCCUGCUGCUGCAGGAAGGGACAUUCUUCUCGAAGGCGCUGUACGACAGCAAGUACACCGAAGAGGAGGACCUGCCGUACAAGAAGAACGACCUGGUGAUGGUGAAGGACACGGGCCAGGAUGCCACGUGGGAGGGGAGCCUGCUGGCCACCGGGCAGCACGGCCUGGUGCCCGUGCACGCCAUGCAGCCCCUGCCCUACCCCUUCUACCAGUGGUUUCUUAGGAAGUAUCCAGGAAGUGCCGGGGGUGCCGCCAAUAAGGGCCCGUUCGUUCAUCGCAUCGCGAGAGGUACCUGCGUGGCUGUGGUGGACCAUGAUCCCAUUGGGCAGGAUGAGCUGCGGUUCAGCAAAGGCGACCUGAUCCAGGUGGAGGGCUUUCUGCUGGCCAGUCUGGAUCUCUUCGUAGGGAGACACCUGCCCAGUGGUUUGAUAGGAUUCGUCCAGAAGGCCCACGUGAAGGCAGAAAGUCUACAGCCACUGGAUGGACAAUUGGUUUUUCUCAGCGAGAAUGAGAGAGCGACCCUGGCUCACUGCAACCCCUGCACAGAGCAGAGCUACAGUGCUCUCUUGAACAAACUCUCCGCGACCGACAUCAGCACUGUGUACAGAUUAGAUAGACUAGAUAAAUCUGACUUCACGUACAUUAAAAAUCAACCAAAGCAAGAGCAGAAAAGUCCGAUCUGUGCUCGACAGAGUACCAUCUCCGAGAAGAGCGCCAGCCCCUUUUACCAGUCCUCUCCCCGUUCCUCCAUCUACGCCUCCCAGAGCCAGCUUGAGAAGGAUGGCGAGAUGCUGUCGUUUAGCCUGGAUGACACUUUCAAAGAGAUGGAUGAGUUUGAGGAAGAUCCGCAGCUCUUCAUGGAUGACAGCAGCUGGGAGGCGGAGGAGGCGGAGCUCUAUGACCCAAUCAUGAGCUUGCUGAACCAGGACCACUUCCAGGAGACAUCCCAGGCAUUCUGCGACAUGUCUUACUCCUUCCUGGAGACCACGUUUAGAGGCUACACAGAGGACGAGCUGCUGCUGCACCUGGAGAACGUGCGGGAGGGCGCAAAGAAGAGCGGCAUGCAGUGGGCACACCGGCGCGCUUGCUUCCUCAUGGGCAGACUGUGCGCCAAAAAGAACAAGUACUCUCAGGCCAGAGUGUAUUUCGAGGAGGCUUUAUCCAUGCCGGUGAAAGGCUUUGCAGAUCCACCCCUCCUAGUCGCCCUUUACACCAACCUCACCGCCGUCUACCUGAAGCAGAGGCAGUUGGAGAAGCUGUCCCACACGCUGGAGAAGGCCAGCACCCUGCUCCUCUGCCUGCCUGAGCACGAAUUCUGCUCCAUUGACGAAUUCGAGGUCCUCAAACUCCUGAUUCGUAAGGCCAUUGUGGAGAGUGACAAGUACCUGGAGGCACGAACCUGUUACCUCAUCGUCAAGCUCUUCCUUCGAAUGCGGAAGGUGGAGGACACUCUGCCUUUUGUGGAGAGGCUACAGUUUCUCACUAUAAGCCUCUCCACCCAUUCUGGGAGUCCUCUUGCACCUGUGGACCUCAACUGGAUGCUGAGCAGACUCUACCAUAAGAAGUACUUACCCUACCUCACUUUAGCGUCAUUAAGCCUUGACUCCAUCUCAGAUCGAUCCCUUCAGGAUGCUUUUCAAAAGAUAGAUAUGUUCAUCAAGAACUCUGUCAGGCUCAACCCGCAGUGGAGAGACGGAACCUCGGUACUCCCUGCACAGGUUGUGGUGUACCUCCAGCAGGCUCUGUCCAUCGCCAGCCACGGGGAUGACAUAAGAACCCAGAGAGACUUAUGCCUGGGCUUGACCAAUGUGUACCAGCAGCAUGGAGCCUUAGAGAAGGCGGUCCAGUGUACCCAGCGAGCUGUGCAGAUGGGGGGCCACCUCAGCGAGGAGGGGGGCUUUGAGGCCACUGUGCUGCUGGCCUGGUUGUUGGUCCUCAGGGCAGAGACAGAAAGGGCUUCGGACACCCUGCAGCCGCUCUUGCAGUCCCUGAAUGAGACAGACAGCCCCACCCAGUGUGGCGUUGUGCAUAACAUCCUGGGCCUCUGUCUCAGGCAUGGGGGGCAGGUGCAGGAAGCAGCCAGCAACUUCCACCGUGCCCUCCAGAUCUCCCAGGAGAACGGCAACAAGCGCAACGAAGGCCUGGUACUGGCUAACAUAGGAUGCCUGGCUCUGUCCAUCGGCGCCCCGGCGCUGGCUGAGCGCUUCCUGCUAAGGUCCCUGCGUCUCUUCCCAGAGCUCUCAGACACCCCCACGGAUGCGGAGCAUGUCCAGGCCUACCUCUGGCUGGGGAGGAGCUAUAGGGAUAGAGGGAAAAGCCAAGAGGUUAGGCUGUGUUAUGAGAUGGCUUUGUUGAUUGCCAUUGGUGCCAAGAACCUUCACAGUCAGAUUGUGGUGGCGAAAGAGCUGAGCCGUCUUUAUGCUGAUAUGCUGCUGUACGGUCAGUGUAUCAUCUACUGUGAGCACUGUGUGCAGCUAGCACAGGAGCUGAAGGAUAAGAAGCUGGAGGGCGAGUUCCUGGAGAUGCUCAGCAACCUCUACCUCUCGUUAAACACCGAGAAGUCUUCAAGAAAGUCACUGGACUACACCAAACAGAGCCUUCGGAUCUCCAUUGACCUCGGCAAACGAGAGGAGGAGUCGGAGACCUGGCUUCAGGUGGGCAGGAUAUAUUACCUGAUCCAGGAAGACGAGCUGGCCGACAUGUACCUGCAGGCUGCAGUAAAAACUGCGCUAAGGAUGCACGACGCAUGCUUUGCCGGGCGGAUAUAUGAGGAGGCUGGAGACGUGUUCUUCACAGGCCUCCGUAACCGAGCGGCAGCCUUCCCCUUUUACCGGGAUGGGAGCCUCCCCUUCGCCAGAGGCGUCAAGGACAUGCAGGCGGAGUUUCGGCUCCUGAGUAAAAUCACAGAGCUGCUGUUGGACGGGGGACAGUACGAGGAGGCCCUGCAGUACGCCCUGCUCGCCGUGGAGGUCAGCACGGCCACAGGUGUGUGUCAGCAGGAGCGCGUGGCCUUCCACCGCCUCGCCACUGUCUACUUCUCCCUUCAGCGCUUUGAGCUGGCAGAGAAUUAUUAUCUCAAGGCCUUGUCUCUCAGCUCUGCCAUCCUGGAGCAUCCGAAAGAGGCCAGAUACUUUGUUAAAGUAUAUUGUCGCUUGGGGGCUAUAACACUGCACCAGCUGAAGGACGCCAUCGAUGCCAAGGGCUACUUCCACCUGGCACUGGCCGCUGCACUGGAGGACCAGGACAAUGCCAGGGCAUUGUAUGUCAUUUACAUGAAGCUGGCGGAGAUCCAUGCCAAUUAUAUUCCUGACGAAGAGCUGAGCCAGAGCUACAGGGACAGUGCUACGGCUCUGAGGGAAGAACUGGCUAUAGACACAGACACAGCAUAACAGGGGGGGGGGCAGAACAAGGGGGCCGGUCUCUCAGCUUAGGAGACAUUUACAAGCCAUUCCCAGUCUUUUAUGUGCCUUUGCAUCCUUUGCAAAAUUUACCUUUAUAACUUAUUUUCUACAUUCAGUGGUGUGUAUGAGUCUGGGGCUGCGGGGCUGUGUCACAUGGUGUCAGUCCCCAUUAAGCAAGUAAAGUCUCAGUCUGAUUUAAGUCACCAUUAACCAAGUAAAGUCUCAGUCUGAUUUAAGUCACCAUUAACCAAGUAAAGUCACAGUCUGAUUUAGGUAAGUGCUUAGAAAUGAGUCCUGUAAUGCUGUCCCUGUAAAUGUACUUUGUUAAUAAGUGAGUGUUUUAUAUAGCGACGCUUUAUUAUUCAUUGUAAAUGAUUUGUAAAUAUUUUGUAUAAUAUGUAAGAUGUUGGAUAUAAAAAUGCCCUGGUUCAGUUUUGA